ACCGAGCUACCUAAUCAAAAGAAUAUCUUUCUAGAGGUCAAUGGUAUCAUGGUAUCUUAGAAACAAGUUCUGGUACAAAAACGUUUAACCAAUAAGACAAUGAGAGUACUUUGUUAUGUAAUAUCAACAUGAUGUUGUGAAUUGUUCUUGUCUAGUCAUUAGAAUUUCUCUUAGCAAAUGUAUAUAAUCAUGACGUCAACGUAGGUCAAGGGUAAAAUAAGAAGGUCAUGGUACCUUAGCAACAAGCUUGGGGCUAUUGAAGUCUUUGAUCCACAAAAGAAAGAGGUUGUCUGCCUGUGAAAUAAUAACGUAAGCCUUAAGGUGUAGUUGUUGUUCCGGCUGCGCAUACCCAAGCUAGAAUCCGUGCAGUCGGUCGCUACUUGAAGUUUGUCGCUGGUACACUGAUUUGAAAGAAGCCAUGGACCAGAAACCUGAAGUCAAAAUAGAACCCGAGGACAAGAAAACCGGAAAGACCAGGUCCCAGCCUCGUUUCAAGAUCGCGUUGGGAUUGGCUGUAGGCUUGCUGUUUGUGACUUGCGCAGUGGCGGCUGGUGGGCUGAUGACGUAUUUCCGGGGAAAAUGCCAACAUAAGAAGUUCACCAUCAAGGCCUCCGUAGGCGGUCAGACGUUCACAGAGGAGGUAGAAGUGGACCGUGAAAACGGCAUGGUGGUGUACCGUGAUGACAGCAACACUGAAGAUGGAGAGAUCAUCCAAACCAAAGAUGGUUUGUCAGUGCUCUACCAGAGAGGCAACUGUUACCUGUUGGAGGACAGAAACAACGACCAGACGAGCGACUUUGACAUUGAUGAGGUGGAAGCUGCAAUGGAAUCUUUAACUGAUGCCAGUGACGGACCGAGCUUUGACGUUGACCAAGUCAUAUUUCUGAACCGGUCAGUUCCGGUUAGCUCUGAAGAUGACAUCAUCUUGCGAUCACAGCUGCCACCUGUGUGUCGUGACGUCACGUUGUACCGGGUCCAAGAGGAGAACGCUCGAGAUUAUUUGGAACAGGACAUCAGCGAUGGAGUGGAGACGGACACGUUCUACAAUCGUGUCAGGCGGUCUGUUGGAGAUAGGUCCGGUUUUAGAGGAAUAACAAUUAUUAUUCUGUAUGUGGGGCGUUGUUCUAGGUCCUGGGGGUGGCCCCGAUGUACAUGUAGAUUUAUGUGUUGGCGCUGCAAUUGCUAUAAAGUAGUGAUUUAUUGGGGGCGGCCUUCGGUGGUGCCCCCGGAGGGAGAUAUCUGCUGUAAUGGUGAAUUGCAGGCCAUUCGUGAGCAUGUUUUGGACAAUGUAGGAGCAUUUCAGAACCAACAAGAAAUCUUACCAGAACAAUAAGAUAUCGACUAAGAUAAUUCACCGUGUUUUAAAACAGACCACCUACGCACAGUGGUAUGACACUCCGCAUCUUGAAUACAAAUAUUUGUGAAUUAGACUCAAUCCCAAACGACCUGGUAUGUUUGGAACCCAGAUGCCACAAGAAAACUUAAUACAACAGUCGUUCAGAACAUGCCUUUGUUUGUCAGAUGUUGAAUCUUGCAUUAACUUGUGCCGAUGUGUUCUAAACAUGCAUGCCUUACUUGCAGAAUAGAUGAUUUAGCAUGUACACAAGCCGACUUCGUAACUAAUAAUCUUGGUUGGUAGAAGUUUCAACAAUUAUCCAAAAGGCAUGGUCGUUUAGUUACUCGUUGACUUCAUGAUUGAACCGGGCUUAAAAUCGGGCCAAAUUACAAAAUGUAUCUCUAUUCUUUCCUUUGUUCGAUUUAUUCUGUUUAAAGUUGCUGCUUGUGUAUUGUUUGUGUAAUUUUCGUUCAAAUUUAGUGAAAAUACAUUGGGUUGAUAUAAUACUUUGUCGUAAAAUAAUUGAAA